UUGUUCCCCAGUUCCUCUCGAUUGCAAAGUCGGUUGUAGUCAAUUUCUCACCUUCCGCCCCACAAUUGAAUUCAAUUCCAAGACCCUGCUCAUUCCUCUGCUUCAAUACCCCAAUACUCUGCUCUGUCUCUGCAUAUUUUCUUCGAUCCCGAAAAUGCCGUCCCAAUCCAGAAGAGCCUCGUUUCCGAAAGUUGUGAUCGAGAGAGACGCAGACUCCGAAGAAAGUUCAUCAGAAGAAGAAGUUGAAGACGACGAUGUACAAACAGAGGAAGAAGAAGAAGAAGUUGCUGAAGAGCCAGAAAAUGUGGUGAAAGUUGAAGUGGUUUCGGGGUCGAAGAAGAGAGAGAGAGCACCCAUCACUAUUAGUCUCAAGAAAGUCUGCAAAGUGUGCAAGAAAACGGGUCAUGAAGCAGGGUUCAAGGGGGCUACUUAUAUCGAUUGCCCAAUGAAACCGUGUUUUCUUUGCAAAAUGCCUGGGCACACUACCAUGACUUGUCCACAUCGCGUGGCUACUGAGUACGGGGUCAUCCCAGCACCACACAAAAGUACAUACAACUCAUUGAAUUACAUCUUUGCACGGCAACUUAGACCCAACAUUCCUAGAAUCAAACCGGCAUUUGUUAUCCCAGACCAAGUGAAUUGUGCGGUUAUAAGAUACCACAGUAGACGAGUUACAUGCUUGGAGUUCCAUCCAACAAAUAAUAACAUUCUUUUAUCUGGUGAUAAGAAAGGACAACUUGGAGUAUGGGAUUUUGGAAAAGUAUAUGAAAAGACAGUUUAUGGGAAUGUACAUGGCUGCAUACUUAACAACAUGAAGUUCAAUCCCACAAAUGAUGGAGCAAUAUAUUCUGCAUCUUCGGAUGGAACCAUUAGUUGCACCGAUUUGGAGACUGGAAUUUCAUUAUCAUUGAUGAACCUUAAUCCUGAUGGGUGGCAGGGACCAAGCAGUUGGAGGAUGUUGUAUGGGUUGGCUAUAAACACCGAAAAAAGUCUUGUUCUUGUAGCAGAUAAUUUUGGAUAUCUCUACGUGGUGGAUGUCCGGUCCAACAACAAACUGGGGGAUUCUAUUUUGAUUCAUAAGAAAGGAAGCAAAGUUGUUGGGCUACAAUGCAAUCCUGUUCAGCCAGAUCUACUUUUAAGUUGUGGAAAUGAUCACUUUGCUCGUAUCUGGGACAUGCGCCGGUUAGAAGCUGGAUCUUCUCUUUAUAACCUUUCACACAAACGUGUUGUCAACUCGGCAUAUUUUUCUCCACACAGUGGGAGCAAAAUACUUACUACAUCACAGGAUAACCGUCUUCGUGUAUGGGAUUCUAUCUUUGGCGAGUUGGAUUCCCCAAGCCGAGAAAUUGUACAUAGCCAUGAUUUCAAUCGACAUCUUACCCCUUUUCGGGCUGAAUGGGACCCAAAGGACCCUUCGGAGUCCCUCGUAGUUAUUGGGCGUUAUAUCAGUGAAAAUUAUAAUGGUGCUGCCUUGCAUCCCAUUGAUUUUAUAGACAUCAGCACAGGGCAACUAGUUGCUGAGGUCAUGGAUUCAAAUAUUACAACUAUCAGUCCUGUGAAUAAGCUACAUCCACGGGAGGAUGUUCUGGCUACUGGCAGUUCAAGGUCUCUCUUCAUUUGGAAGCCCAAAGAGAAUUUUGAGAUUGAACAACCACGGGAUGAGAAAAAGAUUAUUCUUUGUGGAAAGGCCGAGAAGAAACUCAAAAAGAAGCUCGAGGGCGACAGUGAUGAUGAUUUUGAUGAUGAUGCAUUCAGUUCCAAGGGUAAGAAACCCAAGACAAAGAAACCUUAUUCAAAAUCAAUUCUGUGUAAAUCUAAGAGUAAAUGCUGAAGCUUAUGAACAGAAAUAUCCCAAGGAGGUUCCCACUGGCCAAUUUUGUAUGGGCUAAUGCAUUGAUCCUCCUCGUUUCCUUUUGGCUGUGAACUUGUUCCUCCUACCGUGGUAGCGUUGAACAGGAUAUGCAGCUCUGCAACGUUUUGGCUGCCUUUUUGGUUUUUUUGUACUUUCUGGCAACUGUUUUGUAAAAUAAAAUGUCUAUAUGUUUUGCCUUGUUGGAAUUGUGCAAUUUUAGCUACGGUUUGGAUUAUUUGGUGGGAAAGAAUGAUUGGAUGGUGAAAGGUUUAAGGGGUUGCGUCUUCUUUUUGUCAUCUUCUGAAGUCUCGACCAUUAAGGUUUCUAAUGAAUUUUGCUUUUUUGUAUUUUGGCGGGAUGCGGAGCUAUCUAUAGAGUCAGUUUACG